GCACGAUCACGAAGAUGUCUCCCACACUCGCCUCUGCCCCUGGUAGCUGCUGUUUCGGUGGUGUCAAACACGCAGGCACCCCCGUCGGCCGGAUCGAGGACCUCGGCGGGCUGCAAACAUACAUAUCCGAACCUCCUACUUUCAAGUUAGCCACAACACAGAAAGUGAUACUCUACCUUGCAGACGUCUGGGGACCGCUUUACUUGAACAACCAGUUGAUUCAAGAUUAUUUCGCGUCCUGUGGCUAUAUCGUCCUUGGGCCUGAUUACUUCUUUGGCAAUGCCAUAUCGAACCACCCGCCGGGCUUUGAUCGCCCGACGUGGAUUGUGAAUGCACGGAAAGCAGCCUUCGAUGCAUUUCCCGCUUGGCUAGACGCUGUGAAAGCGAAAUAUGGGAGUGAUACUAAGUACUGCACUGUCGGGUACUGCUUCGGAGCACCGUUUGUCAUGGACUUGUGCUCUAACGGGUCUGUAGUUGCUGGGGCUCUCGCUCACCCCGCAUUCCUUGAGGAAAGACACUUUGAGAAACUUGCCGGACCUCUUAUUCUCUCCUGCGCAGAGGAGGACCAUACCUUCCCCCACGCCUCUCGUAGACGCGCAGAAGACAUCAUGGUCGCUCGCAAAUGCACGUAUUAUUUCCAGGUGUUUUCGGGCGUCAAGCAUGGGUUUGCUGUUAAAGGUGAUCCAGACGUUGAGAUGGAGCGUGAGUGGCCCUAUCUAAUUCCUUAAAUAUCGAUGUCGACAGGGUACUAAUUGUUUGAUGCAGGGUGGGCGAAGGAGGAGAGCGCUAGGGGAAUUGUUGGGUGGUUCGAUCGCUUUACGGUCUAGGUUUGCUAUGACGAGACUCUGCGGUUCUUCGGUGUUGAUCGAUGAAGCAGAAUUUGGCUGAAUUGUUGUGA